UUUCCUAUUCCUUCUGUGUAUUUGCACUAACAAAGGGAAGUACAGAUUGACAUAUUCAUUUUAACAAUGGAACUGGGAGUGUCAGUGCGUGCGUCGUGGAAAUUACUAUAUUUUAUUAUGCUGCAAAAUGCAGUAGACUCCCAGGGAACACAGCUAAGGUUGGCCGUAUUUGGCUUUUUCAUGGUCUGGCCUCAUUCUCGAGGAGAUAUUAUUUUUACCCUUCCAGAGGAAUUACCGAAUGGUGCGUUGGUUGGAAAUGUAAACAAGGAUUUGGGGAUCGGUAGUGGAAAAUAUGCCAGUCGGGAACUUAGUGUGGUCUUUGCUGACAGUAAGCAAUAUUUAUUUAUAAAUCCAGAGAACGGAGAUAUGUUUAUUAAUGAAAGAAUUGACAGAGAAAUGAUAUGCGGUAGCAGUUCGCCAUGUCAUGUUAACCUAAGAGUGGUAAUGAAGCAUCCAUUUCAAUUAUUCAGUGCUAAAAUGGACAUACUAGAUAUAAAUGAUAAUGCGCCCACGUUUCCGGUUAAUGAUUUGCAGAUCAGUAUUAUGGAGUACGUCCCCGUAGGGACCAGGUUCCCAAUUCAAAGUGCCAGUGAUCAUGAUGUGAGCUUCAACGGGAUAAGGCUUUACAGGCUUAGCAAUAACAAUCAUUUUUCCUUGAACAUUUACAACUCCACCGAUGGUGAUCUGAUGACACAACUUAUCUUAGAUAAAAGUCUGGAUCGCGAACAAAAAGCUGUGCACCAUCUAGUACUAACAGCAAUUGAUGGGGGUGAACCAGAAAGGAGUGGUACACUUCGGAUUGUUAUUAAUGUCUUGGAUGUCAAUGACAAUUCUCCAAACUUUGAAAAGCCUGUUUACAAAGCCAGUUUAAAGGAAGAUGCCCCUAUAGGGACACUAAUAAUUCAAGUGAAAGCUACAGAUCUGGACGAAGGAACAAACGGUGAAAUUAUAUAUUCAUUUAAUAGCCACACACAAAAGAAACUGGGAGACAAAUUUGAUAUAAAUCCCUACUCUGGUGAAAUUCGUCUGAAAAAUGUAACAGGCAUGGAUGAAACCAAAUCCUAUGAAUUGCACGUACAGGCUGCAGAUAAAGGUCCGUCUGCACUUUCUGGGUAUUGUAAAGUCCUGUUGGACAUUACAGACGUCAACAAUAACCUGCCUGAGAUUGCAGUAACGCUGGUCUCUGAUCAGAUCAUGGAGGACGCAGAGGUAGGAACAGUGGUGGCACUGAUCACUAUAACUGAUAGAGAUUUCGGGAUAAACGCUUUGGUGAGCUGCCAUAUCACUGACAACAUUCCUUUUAAACUUAGAUCAGUUGCUGAAUAUUAUACUUUGAUAACCGAUGGUCCUUUAGAUCGAGAAACCGUUGGUUCCUAUAAUAUCACUAUCACUGCCAUUGAUUCCGGGUCACCCCCUCUUUCAAGUGAAACAAAUAUUAUUGUCCACAUCGCUGAUGUAAAUGACAAUCCACCACGUUUUUCACAAAAAUUAUACAAAGUGUACAUAAAUGAAAAUAAUUCAAUAGGGGAUUUCAUCUGUCAGGUUAUUGCACUGGAUCCAGAUCUGGACCAAAACGGUAGAAUUACGUAUACUCUUUUAGAAAAGGAUCUCAACAGUCUGUCAUUCAUGAACUUUGUAUCCAUAAGCAAUGAAAAUGGAAAUGUAUAUGCUAGGUCAAUUUUUGAUUACGAGAAACAAAGGGAUUUUGAUAUAUUGAUCAAAGCUAGAGAUCACGGCAACCCACCCCUAAGUAGCACUGCCACAGUGCAGGUGUCCAUUGUAGACCAGAAUGACAAUCCUCCCAUGUUCUUGUAUCCCCCCACAGCAGAGGGGUAUGUAGCAGUAGAAAUGGUCCCUCGUUCUGCAGAAGUAGGAUUCUUGGUGACCAAGGUCAUAACUGUGGAUGCGGACUCUGGCCAAAAUGCCUGGCUGUCGUACCAGUUAUUACAAGCUAGUGACACCAGUCUUGUUAGUAUACAUGGACAGACGGGAGAAAUCAAAACCUUACGCCACAUCAGGGUCACUGACCCGAACAAGCAUAGAAUUGUUAUUGAAGUAAAGGACAAUGGUAUACCAAAGAGGUCUGCUUCAGUAACCAUUGGGCUUUGGCUGUACGACACAUUUCCACAAGUGUUGCCUGAUUUUGAAGAUGCCAGCGAAAAUAACAACCAGAUUUCCAACUUAAACGUUUACUUAAUGAUAACGGUGGUGUCCGUUUCUUUUCUUUUCAUUGGAUUUUUAAUUGUCUUUAUAUCUUUAUUGUGUUACAAGCAGGAACAUGCAAACAACUGUCCAUGUUCUUCUGUUUGUUGUGAAUUUGAAAUGAGUAGCCAAAGACUGAAAGGAAACUGUCCACUUAAUUAUGCCGCGCCAGCUGACCUUUUGGAUAUCGCUGGGUCUGAAACACUUUCUCAGAGUUACCAGUAUAAGGCAUUUGUAGGAUUUAUUCCUCAAAAUGACAAUGUGUUACCAGUAUAUAGCUCGGGAGACAGUGGAAAUCAUGUCACAUCAGAAGGGCGCUAUAUUCAGAUAGUAAAUACAGAAGAAAAUACGGCAAAAGGAGAAAAUGUGAAGUAUGAAACUCCAACGACUACAAUCAUUGGUUGUACUCGACGGUGA